UAGAUGGCAAACACCCCAGAGACCCCAGGUACAGCUUUUGUUGUUUAUGAAGAUAUUUUUGAUGCGAAAAAUGCAUGUGAUCAUCUCUCUGGUUUCAAUGUCUGUGGAAGAUACUUGGUUGUUCUCUACUAUCAGAGUAAUAAGGCUUUCAAGAAAUGGAUGCUGAGAAGAAGCAAGCAGAAACUGGAUCGUGUGAAGACAAAGUACAAUAUUAACACAGAAGAGAAGAAGAAAUUGAACAUAAAUAUUUAUAUCAUUAUUUUUAUUUCUCUCUUGUAAUAAAGGAUGUUGUUGUCUUAAGAAAUGUCAUUAGUAGCUGGAUUAGCCAAGAGAUCCAUUUUAUAUUGUUUGAUGUACAACAAUUUGUAAUUUAGGAAAGUCAACAAAAACAUGUAAUAGGCCUAUUAUUUCCAUUUGAUAGUUUUUGUUGGAUAUUGUUGUGAGAUAUUGCAACAGCCUAGUGCACUUUUUUGUUAUUUCUUUUCACUGGAAGUAC